AUGAUGGCCGGUGCAAGAGAAGAAGAUCGUAGAUAUAUGGCUAAGCUCGUCCACAAAGAAAUUGUCACUCUACACCAAGAGCUAUCAAACCAAAACGCAUCACAUGAUGUGACUAUGACAAACACUGAAGAUGACAUUCUGGCUUCGGAAAUUCAAGCGUUGAGAGCAACAGUGCAGGCACUUGAAAGUACUAUGCAUAAACAGCAAAAUACUGUAGAACAAUACUCUCAAAAGGUGGAACUAUUGGAAUAUAUCCCAAGGAUAUCACCCCUCAAGAGCACAGGCGAUGAUACAGAGAUUGACGGAGCCGAAGAUCUUCUGGAACAAAGGGUCUCUGCUGUUGAAUCAUCUCUUUUCUCUGCGGAAGCUGAAGCCCAGCGUGAAGCGAUAGAUGCCAAAAAGUUUGCAAAGUUUCAAGAACAAAUGUUAAACUUAAUUAAGGCGAUGGUAGAAGACAGGAAUCAUUCCAAUUCAGCAGAAAGGAGAGGUCAUCAAAGUGAAGUCUUAGAGUCUGAAGAACCCAAAUUGGACCUUGAAAAAGAAUUCAAUAGCAGAUUUUCAACGUUCAGACAAACGAUAGAUGAUCAAGUCGAGAAAUGGAUAGCCAUCACCAUCGCAAGAACAUCAGGAAAAGAGAAAGCUUCUGAAUUACAUGAUAACCUCCGAUCUCGCGAAGAGGAGAAUCGUAGGCAGAUCUCAGAGCAAGCCAAAGCUAUAAUCAAGAUGUCUACUGACCUUUCUUUUUCCACCCAAAGACACCCAGUCGGUCUUCAGAUAUCUACAGAGGCAGACUCUCAAAGACAAGUGUCAAACUUCGAAGCACCUUUGAUUGGCGGUGGAAAUUUACCAAUUCUUCAAUUUUCCCGGAAUUUAGGGGCGGACAACAGACAGUCUGGCUCCUUGCAAUCAUCCUUGGGGGAAGUGCCAGGUGAACGAAGAGAUUGCCAGGUAGAGGUGAGAACAGCAGGUACACUCACUUCGGGUACCGAGAUACCCAAUUCUGCUGGAAACAGUCAACAUACGACGUUUCUCGAAACCGAAUCACAAUCCAUGCACAACAACCUGGCAAAUCAUCCAUCGAAUUCACAAACUCCAACAGAUAUCAAGGGUCCCACUAGAACUAGCUUGGAGAAUCCAAAUGUUCAAACAUUUAGCUCGCAACCCCGGCUAACACCUGCCUCAAGAAAGUCAAACAAAUGGAGGAGAUCUAGCAUAACACCAAAAAAACCAAAGGGUCUGAGCCUUCGGCAGGAAAGACUUUUGAUGUCUCCGCAAGUAAAAGAGGCUGAUGAACAAACAGCCGGCCAGGUGCAGAAGCAUUUUCGACUCAUGGCAGGGGUGGAUCGGUGUAAAGCAGACUUUCCAAAAUGCCCAACACUUGAAGAUCUUGAAAAUCUACCAGAGCUGACGGUGGACUACAAGACUGCGCCACUUGGUGAAGCUGUUCGAAACCUCAUCAGACCCGACCAACUUCAACCAACUUGGAAAAUCGAAGAGAUGGAACUGACUGUGAAGGGUAUGCAUCCAUACUUUCGGCGUAGACUUCAGCAGUACAGUCUUCCUUAUAUUGGCUCAAGCAUUGCUAGAGAUGUGAAAGCAGACGACUGGAAUCGACGGGUUCUUGCAUUCUGCACGGAUACAUUUAACAGGGCAUAUGCAGGUCAAGAGUACCACGUUGUGAAUCAUGACCCACAUCGUAUAAUGAAACUGAUGAAAGAACAUAUUGAGUACCGCUUGAAAAAUAUGAGAAAGUAUAAGAAUCAAAUAGAUGCACUUGAGUUGUCUCAAAAACGAGACCGCCAGCAACAAAGACGUUUACGACUUGCAAUUCGAAGGAAGGAAGUUUGUGAGCCACCUGAGGACUCACCAUUCUCAAGAUUCAGUGGCCUCUUUGAAGAUGAGCAACUGUGUUCAUCAGACGAGUCAGACGAGGACGUGUUAAACGAAGAUCGCGUGAGGCAUACUCCUAUAUGGCGAAGCUCUCUGGCUACCUCCCUCGUGGAAAACAUUGAUAGAGCGUACCAAAAGAUGAGGCAAGAUGAAUGCCCAAAGCGACCAGGAAGGAAACCGGCGAAACAUAUUCUUUCAAACCACCGACCUGAAGGGGGCAAGUCACGAUGGCCCGCAGGCCUACCAAAAGAUUGCUACAAUGAAGUGUGGCUACGCUCGCUUGACAAGAAAGAUAUGGAUGGUCUCGAAAUGAAGGAAUUUGUCCUGGAGAAUCUGUUUCUAUCUCUUUCAUGA